AGGACCAGUCGCCACAGUAGAAGGGUUAAGAGAAAAGGGGUGGGGGAGAGAGGAGAGAGGGGCUGUAUAAAACUGCCAGAGCACAAGCUUUGCUUUAUCCCGCCAGUGCCGUGCGCAGUCAGAGGAAACCCUAAACUCACUCAGCCCUCGCUCCCACAGCAACCACACACACACGCACACACUCUCGCACACACAAACGGACACCGGCCGUGCUCACAAAGGACGAUGGCUGCGCCCACGAGGAAAAUGAAUGAAUCCUGGAGAAAGAUUACUCUGGCCCUGGUUCUCUCGGCUUGGCUUCUGCAAAAUGGUGUUGUCUGUCAGAGUGAUGCCACAGACAUUGCAGAUGCUGACCCCACACAAUCGGACAUGACCACAGGUGCUGGGGAUGUCCAAGAUCCUACUACUGGAGCGGUAACUGGAAGUGUCACGACUGCAGACACCAACAGCGCCACAGAUGCCUCAGGCCAGGAUGCUACGCCCAUCCCAGCCGAGCAGCCAGCAGGUGGUACUCCAGGCACAGAUUCUACAGUACAGACCACCCUUGCACAGGGUACCUCCGGUCAGAGUACAGAGGUGACUCCUAUGACUCCAGUCCCUUCUGACGUCAUGUCCAGCGUCAGCACAGCAGGCCCGGCACAUGACCUGGAUGUGCCAACAACUGAUGGCACUGUGGCCAGCCAUGCCCCAACAGAUGCCCAGACAGACGCCCCAACGGACCCCCCGACAGACCCCCACACAGAUGCCCAGACAGAUGCUGCUCCCAUACUCACCAUCACAGAUGUGCCUAAGCCCAUUAUCCAGUGCGUGGAAAAGGAGGAGGUCCAGGACAUAGACGCAGUGAAGGUGGUGCUACAGGAGGCUUCCAGCUGUGAGGAGACCAGAGCAAAAAUUGAGGAAAUCGUAGGAGAUCUGUGCGGAUCGGACUGCAAACUUUGUAUCUUCCAAGAAGAGAAUUCCAAGGAAAUCAUUGUUACAGGCCCAAAUAUCAAAGCUGAUGCAAUAGCCAUGGCUGAGAAAUUCAACUCAGAGGGCAUUAAAAAAAAGCUGAUGGUUGCGGAUGCGGUCCCACGCUGGGGGAAGCCCCCUCAAACAGUCCUGAUCUCUCUGCUGGUCACCGGCCUGCUGCUGGCUGCCCUGCUGAUCGGUGGCUACUGCUUCAAGAACCGCCGUAGCCACAGCACCAAGGGCAUGAGGCUGGCUGAGGAGUCCUACCAGGCAGAUGAGGAGAAUCAGGGCAACACCCUGGUGUCAGUGGCCCCCCUGAACCCCCCAGAGACCCAGGAGAAGCCAAGCAUCAAUGGGGAGUCCCCCGAGGGCGGCAAGAGCCAGCCGCCUCCAGCUGGCACGGGCGGUGCCACCACUAACGGCCACUCCAAUGCCAAGACCCCCGUGGCUGACACGGAGCUGUGAGCCUCAAUCCAGGAACAACAGGACAGAACAGUGUCCCCUCCACCCCACCCCCC